AUGUGGAAAAUAAUAAUAUUAUGCACGAUUGUGGGCCUUGUUGCCGCCGAGCAAGUAACUUAUGACAAUUACAAGGUCUUUAGAAUUACUGUGACGACACAGAUGCAGGCUGCACUGCUCAAUCAGUUCGCAGACAUUCAUGGAAUUUCCUUCUGGAUAAGACCGUCCGUGAAUAAACAAACGGUACUUAUGGUAGCCCCGCACAAGCUAUCCAAAUUCUACGAAAUGAUGGCACAGAUCCAAGCACCUUGUGAAAUAUAUAUUGAGAAUGUUCAGGCAUUAAUCAAUCGGACGAUGCCCGGGAAUGUAUCGACAUUUGAUUUUAAACAUUAUCAUACUCUCGACACAAUUUACAAAAAGCUGGAUGAUUUGGAAAAGAAGUAUCCUGAUAAAGUACAAACUAUUGUUGGCGGCAAAACUGAUGAGGGACGUCAAAUCAAAGGCGUCAAG